GUUGUACUUAAUACUCAUUUUUUUAAAUUAUAAAGUUCGAAUUGAGUUUAAAAAUAUUUCAAAAUCAUUUAAGAAAAAUAAUAGGAUAUAGAAAAGGAAAAUGGAACUGAAAUUGCGAAAUCGAAGAAUUAACGAACAGGAAUACUCGUGAAAUGUCGAGGUUAGGGUUCCUGUAAAAAAACAGAAGCAAAAAUCGUUUAAAAUGUCGAUUUUUGGUCGUCUCUGUGAAAGAAAUGCACUUAGUACAAUAAAAAGAACACCGAAUUUAUGUGCGACAUAUGUGGCAGAGUCAAAAGCACCUACAGUUGAUGGAAGUGUUGAUUCGGAGGGAUUUCGAAUUUUGACCAUACUGCCAAAGCCACCAGAAAAAAGGGAAAUGAAAGAGCAAAAAUUCAGAGUGUUGCCACCAAGAACAAAUGAAAUGCCAGUGGACCAGGAUUGGCCGUCCGUUUGGCCCGGACCUAGAACUUUUCACCCAGCAGUUGUUCCUCUUCCCAUUAGACAAGGAUAUCCUCUGAAAAAACAAGCACCACUUGGAAAAUUCGCCAACGUUGAAUUGAUGAAAAUUCCCAACUUUCUGCAUCUCACACCUCCAGCAAUACGAAGACAUUGUGAAGCCAUAAAGCAAUUUUGCACCGAGUGGCCCGUCGGCUUAGAAACGGACGAAAAGUGCGAUAAGCACUUUCCCCUCGAAGUCAUCACAAGCGAUUAUUGCUAUUCUUCUCCCACAAUUCGCGAACCUUUGGCGAGAAUUGUCAACUUGAGGGUAAAACUCUCUGCUCUAAAUUUAGACGCUCACGCCAAGGAUAAACUCCUUCGUUUACUGGGAAACAAAUAUGAUCCUGAGAGUGAUUAUAUCACGAUCACGACAGAUCGAUGCCCAUCAAGGAAACAAAACCUGGAUUAUGCUCAUUACCUUUUAACUGCUGUCUAUCACGAAUCCUGGAGAGUAGAACCGUGGGAAGCGGAAAAAAGCGAAGCAGACAUGGAAUUGUACGACUGGGACAAGAGCAAAAGUCGACAGAGUUUGAUAACUAUUCAUUGCUGGCCAGAGCCGCCAAAAGAUAUCGAUUAUCAAACCAUUCCUAAUGCCACCCAAUACAAAGUUGCAGUUUCUGAACUUAUAAACAACGGAGAAGACGAAUAUUCUGUAAAUAAAUACAAGGACGCUGUCAAAAACCUUCUGAAUUUAAAUUAACGUUUUAAUAAAAAAAAAGUAAAAUAAAUUUGUUAUAGAGAAAUUCACUUCGGAUAAAACUUUCAUUGGAACAAUUAAAUUUAGCUUUAAUUGAUGUAAAGUUAAUAAUAUUCUUCAACAAUUUCUCUAAUUUCACCGUCUGCAGGGUGAGUAUUUUCGGGAAACCUUUGGUCAUACAUUUAAAUUCGAAGUUUUUAUUUUCUGCGUAAAAUUACUGAUGACAGCA